AUUAAUGGCCAGUUCGUUUCCGCCAUUCCGGAUAAUUUUGUACGCAUUGUGUUCGAGGAGAACCUUCACAUUGUCGAUCAAACCAUAAAGUGCUGCCUCCGUAAGAGCACUCGAGCUCAUGGUUAAAAAUACCAUGUCAUACAAUAGAUUGCUCAUUCAUGCGGCCAAAAAAGACAAUACGCCUCUGAAUUUUCUGAAUGACCACCGCGGGGCCACCAAUCAUGGUCUGUUCUUCAAUUUUCUCUCCUGGGAAUAUGCAAAGAUACGAAUCGAUGCAGCCAUAGAAUUUCCAAAGCCACCCUCCAAGAUACCUCAUCAUUCGCUCUUGCACAAGCCUGUACUCCAGGAUUCAAUCAGCACAGCCAUGUUUGCGUUUCUUAAACCCGAUAGGCAGCUGACUGUUUUCGCUGCAGCAAGGCUUCCAGCAUACCCUGUCUCUCUCUGCAACUGAGAAUAAAUAUGCUCCAUUCGACCGUGUCAUGUCUUGGUCACUUCUGCUAUUUAAUAGUGACCCAUCAGCAUGCUUUGGAGAUAAAGAAACUUCUUCACUACCGACAGGAGUUCCCGCAAUGGCUACACAAAUUUUGUUUUGUCCCAAUCCAUUCCAAAGGAACCAGUUGAAAUACUUUUCAAGAAAAACAAUCCCUACAUAUCUUUUUCGUCUCGUUGCGCCUAGGACUGCAGGACGCACGAGCAUGUCCACUGUUACUUCGAAAGCCACUAUGGACCCUGAAUGCAGCAAUCACCCGGAUGAUAUCUUUCGCCAUAGCCAGAUAGAUGGCGCAGCUCUUGUAUACGCACAUCUUUACUGGAGAUGCGAUGAGCGAUGCAACUUCAUGAGCUGGACUAGUUCCUUACUCUUUGCGCUGCAUUACGGCUUAUAUCGGCAUAAAACGGAUCGUGAUGGACCGGAUCUCAGCGAAAUAUUUUUAUAUAUUCUCGACACUAGUGACUUCCCAGAUGGCACGUUUGUGAAAGACCUGGACAUUUUAGAGGCCUUCAAGGGAGAGUCACAGGACGUGAGAAAAUUGCUGGGAAUGCGACGCGGAGAUAAUGGGCAACCAAGAUUUUAUUUUGGUGAAUAUCUCACCCAGGGGCGGCUGGAAAUCGAGGGAAGAUGUGCGCGUGUUUCUCUUCAGCAAUUGAUAGAUCUAGGACUAUUUGAGCUGCACCCUGGACUAGAAAACCAGAAAGGAUGGGCCUUAUUAGUGCGUCGCGUUCUUGAGCUUCGAACGAAUUUUGCGAAUUUGCCGGCCACAACAUGUUCUGAGGUCCGAAAAGCGAUCACGAUUGCACAAUGCUGUGUCGGGGACCGCUGGGCAGUCCCAUUCUCAGCUAUGCUGCUUGCGCUUCGGCCGAGAAGUCGUGACGACCAUGCUAAAAUUGAAGCGGCCUAUUCGGCGAUGUUCGCAGCGGACGAAAUCUUGGUUCAAGAUAUUCAGAUUGAUCCUGAAGGUUUACCAGAAGUUAAACGAUUUGGGGAACUCAUCAACGCUAUCAAUCACAAAUUCAAUAACAGCGACAUCAAUAUUCUGCUGAAUCCAUUUUUGAGACUAGCGUUCGAGUAAUACUAUAUAGUAUUUGGUGAAAGAAAAUUGAUGCGAAUCUUAUGUCAGGAAGGGAAAAUAAUCGGAAUUACAGAUAUCCACACCGAGGGAUAGGUCUGGGUACCGAUAUUUCUGCCGCUAACAUAAUUAAUUUCGUAAAAUCGAUGGAUAUGCCACCGUUGUAUCAAUAUGACUAUCCGCCGCAGGAGGCUGCGAUAAAUGUCUUUACCCUUCCUUCUGUAGCAGCAGACAUGGGCUCGGCUGGUGGCAAAAAUAAUAGCAAGAGUAAAACUUGUAC